AUGCCCGGCGUUGUCGCCCGUGGCAACAUGCGCACCUCUAUACUCUCAUUGCCCUUGGUAUAUGGCACCUCAGACUACAUUCCCGACCGAGCCUUGUGGGCAGCCACAGUGUGUCUUGGCAUAUUGGCUAGUGUUUACAGGUACGAGGAGGUCAAUGACGGCAACGAGGGUGUCAGUGUCGUUGCGCCACAGUCUGCCUUCAAAAACAUACACGGUGACGACGAUGAAGAAGAAGAGACGAGAGGCAUCCCCAGGAAUAUCACAAUACCGCUACGUCAGGUCUUCAAAGAUCGCGGUGAGGCGAUGUUCCUUCAGUGUAUGGCCGAAGUUCACGGCUGCUUCCAAUCCGGUGUGGAGGUCGUAGUUCGAUGUCAGGAAGCCGUGAUGAACCGAGAUUCCGAGGCAUUAUUGAGGAACAUGGUAGGACUCAAAGAGCUCGUCGAUCAGCUACCCUACGUGUUCCACAAAAUCAGCGUCAAUCCGAACGCUGGCGAACAAUUUGCAAAUCCGGUCGAAUGGGGCCAGCGCUACGCCAAAUUCUCCGCGCCUCUUUCCAAACGUGUGCCAGCACUUUCUGGACUCGCUCUCCCUCUCUUCCUACUGAUGGAUGCAUUCAUCGGCCGAACAAAUUACACCUCCUUCCUUGGCGUUGAAGCAAUUCACUUGCGGAGAUGGCUGCCAUUGAAUAUACGAGCAUUCAUCACAGCGAUUGAGCAGCAUUACCGCGUUCCUGAAUACGUCAAAGCAAGUGGUGAUGCACGUUUGGAAGGUGUUCUAGAGGGCAUCAUCGAGUCGUACGCAGGUGAACGGGGCUUCAUGGGAACUCAUCGCUACAAAGUCUACGGCUUCCUGGAAGUGGUCGCCAAAACAGGGCGAUCAGAGACCAAUGGUAAUUCGGGCGCGGGUGACUCUGAAGGACGCCCGUGGGAAGAAGUACACCGCACCCUCUCCGACUCUAUGAAAGAGAGGCUUAACCCAUAUCGUGGACAAGUCAAGGUCGAGCCACAUCAGAUGCGAGGCAGUUUCGAAGAAUGCCGUUUCCAAGCCAAAAUUCGAGACAGGCAAACCGUUGAUCGCGACCCUUCCCGGUCGACUGGUAUGGUGACAUUCGACUUGGCGGAUACCGGCAUCACGUUUCAGCCUGGCGAUCGACUCGCUGUAAUGCCAAUUAACGCAGGCCAUGAGAUUGCGAAAGUCGUGGCCGCACUUGGCUUGGACACGUUGAUGAGCAGAGUUGUGCCUGUCGACGAGGGUUCAGAGUGGGAACGGUUUUCAAGGCACGUUCAGCUUAUCUCCAAGAAGCCGGAUGUAAGCUUGACCGUCAAGGACAUUCUCAAGAGGGGGCACUUGGCACCUCUGACCAAAGACCUGCUUGCUAUUUCGGAGGUGCCACAAGAGAUCUGGGAUCGCGCCUUCAGCCUCGAGAAUCUCGCCUGGCUCCCGAAACUGCUUAAGCUGGAAGUACCUCGCACGUACUCGAUCAGCAACUCAUCUUGGAUGGAGCUCCUCCCAAGCACCAUCGAUCUCACAGUCUCCCGUACCGAAAGUGGACGUGAUCCCAUCUUCGAGAGCGUGCAACCUACGCUGCCUCUUUAUGGAGUAUCGAGUGGUUUUCUCAACCCUGCCCCAGGGACCCUAGAACAUUCCGAUGAAACCGCCAACGAAGAGCCUGUUUUGAUUGGUGUGUCUAGACCGAUCCAGUUUCAGCUACCGUCCUCCUCGACUGCCCCGGUUGCGAUGUUCGCGGGCGGGUCCGGCAUUGCUCCUUUCAGGGGCUUUUGGCAGAAUCGCAUUCAGUCCGGUAUUGGACGCAACGUCUUAUUCAUUGGUGUUCAAUCUCGCGAGAAAUUCGUACAUGAGGCAGAAUUGCGCAGUCUGGUACAAAACGGCUCAUUGGAGCUUCACACAGCAUUUUCGAGAGAUCACAAGGGACUGGUAUAUGACCCCGUUAUGCGAGAGCUAAUCGAGCAAGAGACAGAGCCUCGCUACAUAGACAGCACGAUCAUUGAACAGGGCAGGCUUGUAUCAGAACUGGUCAUGUCGAGAAGUCAAGGUGGCCUCGGGGGACACCUGAAAGGUUCGAGGAUGUGGAUAGGUGUCCAUGGAGGAGUGUACGAUGUCACAGACUUCCUACCAAUGCACCCUGGAGGCACACUGAUUGUUGCCGCGAGUGCUGGGCUGGAUGCGACAAAGACGUUCCACGAGCUUGCACACGACACUAAUCCGGAAGUCUCCUCCCUUCUCUCAAAAUAUUUCAUCGGACACCUGGGCACCAAGCCGAAAUGCGCAAACGCGGAAAUCAGUCGAUUGUACGAUAUGUGGUACCAGUACAUGCGGACGAGUAUCGAGAGCCUAACGACACUGUAUUUCGAAACGACAAACAUCCUAGAGGAUUCCAAAAUUUGGUUUUCGGGAGGAAUGUUAAACAUUGGUGGCGUGAGAAAGUUCUAUCAAUUUCAGUCGCGGCUGCUACAGAACGGAUUCUCGAGCCUCUUUGGAGCAAAACUCCAGGAGAUAUAUCUCAAAAUAUCUUACUCUUUGGCGAGCAGUAUCACAUCCGAUGUUCGUCUACCGGAUGUCAUCGGGGCCAUCACUCGCGCUCAGUCUGGACAAAGUGCAGCGAAAAGCAUGCGCGAGACAUCGGAGAUCGGACAAUUCGUGAGCAACAAUGCGAAAGCAGCACGCUUCCACGAAAAUGGCAUUCUAAAAUACGCCCAAACGGUGACCGAACUGGACAUCAGUUUCUUGGAACAGAUCCGUGAUGAAACAGCACAAGGCAUGGAUGCAUUCGAUUUGGUUGCUGUCAUGGAUGAGUCCGCAAAUUCGAAGCAGGUCAAGCUUGCUUCAUACUUGCUGACCAUCCUCGAACGAAUCGCGGCGCACCUAGAUGCUUAUUAUGGGUCAUUAUCGCAGCAAUCAGUGUAUCAUCCCGAGAUUGAGAACAAUCCAGCACGCACACGCUGGCACAAUCUUCGCAAAAAGAUUGUGGAUGGGUCUUUCUUCGUUCUCGCGAAGCCACUGUCUUUAGCUAGCAGUGACGAUUCUGUUCCUGGGCUACAAGCACGCUCAGGUCUCAACGUCAACUUUGCACAAAUUUUUGCCGGUGCACAACAAACGCUUCAAUCAAGCCCACAGAAUUCGCAAUCAUAUACUGAAGCUCAGACGCAAAAGCCGCGACGAUUGGCUGAAAUGCAUACUGCUCGCGCUGCCAGCAACACCCAAGCGCCAAGCACGUUUGAAUCCCAACAGCAAAACUAUGCCUUGAAGCGAAUGUCGAACUUCAUCAGCUCUAACAUUUCAAACAUUCGAAGAUUGAGCCGCUUGCCUGCUGAGUAUGACUUCAACGAUAUAAUGGCAGUUCCCGAGAAAUGGGUGAAGAUCGCGAAGAUUCAGCGCCUCGACGCGAUCGACCUCUCAACCUCAGUUCGCGACUCCUCACUCCGCUUGAUCAACAGAGCAAUUCUUGCGAUGGCUGCUUUCUCACAAGCCUCAGAGACAGGCGCCAGCAUCAUCGCUAAGAUUCUCAAAGAACUAGGUGUCACUGUCGUCCUUGGAAUUGUGGGAGUACCAGUCCCCGAAAUUGCGGAACAGGCGAUCACAACAGGUGGCUGCGAAGAAGCCAGAAUCGAUCAGGUCGUUGCAUUGAUCAAGAUUGCGAGUGCACCAUUGGUGCUCAUAGGCAAAGGCGCAGCCUACGCCAAAGCAGAAGAGCCCAUCGGUACCUUCAUCAAUCAGACGCAACUAACUUUCAUUCCUUCACCUAUGGGUAAAGGAGUUGUUCCAGAUUCGCAUCCCACGAAUGCGUCCUCAGCGCGAAGUGCAGCGCUGAAGAUGGCUGAUGUCGUCUUGAUAUUGGGCGCUCGAUUGAACUGGAUAUUCCAUCAUGGUGAAGCGCCGAAAUGGAACCCUGAAGCCAAAUUCAUCCAAGUCGACAUAUCUGCAGAAGAAACGGGACGGAAUUCGGAGAGCGCUGAGCAUUCUUUGCUCGGAGAUGUAGGCGUGGUUGCCACUCAGUUAUUGACAUGGCUCGGUGAUUGGACGUUCGAUCUCAACAGUUCUGAAUACAUGGCAAAAAUUCGGCAAGCAAAGGAAAAGAACGAGAAGAUCGCGUCUCUGACAGCUCAAGGCCCUUCAAUGCCUCUGAAGUACGCGCGGGCAUUCGAUGUUUUUUCUGGACCUACCAAGAGGAAAAAGACUGUUGCUAUCGAGGAUGACUCAGCGUUUGACCUCAGUGUUAUGGAAAUUGAAACCAUGGCGCGCAUGGGAAUGGACAUCGCCAUCUUUGUUAUCAAUAACGGCGGGAUAUACUUCGGCGACUCAGACACGGCCGAAAACUGGCAGGCAAAACACGAGAAGACAAAAGGUGGUAAACCGGGUCUGAGGAGCUGGGCUUUGGGCUGGGAAGUCAAGUACCAGAAGCUCGCGGAAGCAUGUGGAGGGCUCGGCUUUCUCGUGCGCACGCCCGAGGAAUUGAAGAAGGCUACGCUUACUGCCUAUAAUGCUACGGUACCUGUCAUUGUGAACGUAGUCAUACAAAGUGGAAAGACGGAGAAAGCUCGGGUAAUCGAGGUUCCCAUUGACGGAGCUUGCAAAGCGCCCAGGCCGCUGGCUUCGUCUGAGUUCGAAGAGAGCGUGCAAGUCCAGGUCUUUUUACUAACCGAAGCCAACCAGCGUGACUCACGCCUCCUCUGCCUUCCCCCAGAGAUCCGCAACAAGAUCUACAACUACGUUUUCCACGGCAACAUCCAAGUAUACGCUGGCUACAAAAUGGACUGGGACGGAGAGUGGCAGUCAAAACUCCACUUCCUGCAAACCUGCCGCCAACUUUGCUUCGAGGCCACCCUCCUCUUUUACCGCACAACAACAUUCAGUUUCGAACUCAUUCAUCAGAUCGAAAACUUCGUCUACCGUAUAAGAGGCCUGCGAUUGUGGAACAUCCGAUCCAUUCGGCUGGGUGCGAGCAGCGCGGCUGUUCUCAUCGAUCCGGGAUACGCAGACGCACUGCUAUGGCUUCGUAUCUUUCCGGGACUGGAGGAACUGCUGUUCUGGGGCGAAGUCGAUGAGAUGACGCGGUUCCAUCUGAGCUGGCUGAAGCUUCGUCAUGAUGGAAGAGGUGUCCGUCUUGUGUUUGAAGGUGCUUAA